GGUAUGUAUGGGAGAUGUUUUCACAAUACGGGUGGGAUGAUGGGAGGAAGUCAUCAGUGGCUAACACUCCCACUGUACACUCUCCAUGAAGUCACUAAAUUACACUUGAAGAAGUUGCCCGAACAAUCGGCGUUGGAGGGAUUCGGGAGGAACAUAAAAUGCAAGGUCGUGAAGUCAUUUUCAAGCUUCCCACGCCGAGAGAGGGCGGUGGUGUUUAGUGACUGAAUACACAGGGGCUUGCUCGGCAUCCAACCAGAUCUCAUCAUCACAGAUCAUUCCCAAACAGCGCCCCGGUUCCGGACAUAUUACAAACACAGUUCUCUGGAAAGGUCCGUCUUCUGCUUCCUCCUCUGAGCUGUUGCUGAGGUCCCAAUCCCGGACUGGCCCAGGAUCAAAGAGAAGUUGACCAGUUUGUUUUCAGUCACCAUUUGAAAGGGACAGUCAUGUUGACCCGAUGUGCAGUCUCCUCCAGUCUUUGCCAGUGACCGGGAGAAGGUAACAGCAACACUCCCAGCCAUGGAGGCUCCAGUUCUGCCAUCAGCCAAUUCCUCCCUCUCUGGCAACGCCACGGAUUGGGGACACCUUCUGGAUUUUGGCGAUCCUUGCCCAACAUCAGCGGCCCUCACCGUCUUCCUGCUAACUUCUUACAGUGCUGUGCUGGUCGUGGGUUUACUGGGAAACAUCUGCCUGAUCUGUGUGAUCGCCAGGCACGAGAAAAACAACGUGACCAACCUGCUGAUCGCCAACUUGUCGCUAUCGGAUCUGACCACCUGUGUCUUUUGUCUGCCUUUCACAGUGGCCUACACCCUCAUGGACUAUUGGGCUUUUGGUGAAGCCCUGUGUAAGAUGGUGCCGUUCUUCCAGUGUUUGUCGGUGACCGUGUCUGUGCUCUCCCUGGUCAUGAUUGCUCUGGAAAGACAUCAACUCAUUCUCCACCCCACGGGCUGGAAACCCAGUGUCCCUCAAGCUUAUGUGGCGCUGCUCCUCACGUGGGGCCUGUCCGCCGCAGUCUCCCUGCCCUUUGUGUUUUUUCAUGUUCUCACUGAUGAACCUUUCUUGGAUCUUCCUGUUCCCCUGGCGCCCCUGGUGAACGAGGCAGUCUGCACGGAGUCCUGGCCAUCCAAAGAGCAGAAGCUGGUUUAUACAACCUGGCUGCUGGGUUUCCAGUACUGUGUGCCCCUGGCUUUCAUUACAGUGUGUUACAGCAGAAUAUACUGGCGGCUGAGGACAAGGAGGGACCUGCUGGACAGAGCAGGCGAGGAGAACCGCAGCCUGGCGAAUAGCAGGCGGAUCACCCUACUGCUGAGCUUCCUGGUCGUGGGCUUCGGGGUCUGCUGGUUCCCGUUGCACGUUUUCAACGCGGUCGUGGACUGGGAUGUGCAGAUUAUAAUGCACUGUCAGCACAAUCUCAUCUUCUCCCUCUGUCACCUCGCGGGCAUGGCUUCCACCUGCGUCAACCCCAUCAUCUACGGCUUCCUCAAUAAUAACUUCAAGAAGGAGCUCCGGAGCAUCAUGAUCAGGGGUAAAUGGAGCAGCAAAGAAGAUGGUGAGCACUUCCCCCUGUCCACUCUGAACACUGAAUAUUCCAAGGCCUCCCUCAGACUGAGUUGCAGGAGUAAAUGACGAACACCCUGGUGCAACAAAAAGCGCCAAAACAGAAAACAAGACAUGCAAACUUCGGAAAUGUGACAGAUAAAUGUUGCCUUUCUCGCUGUUUUGGUUUGUUCAGUGGCCGAUCUAACUUCUUUAACCAGGGCCGAAGUAUCAAAACGUGUAAAAUGAAGCGUCUCUGAUAGCAGUUGUUAGACAUUGCUCCCCAGUUCUCAGGUUCAAUCCUGACGUAAACUGGGCUCAAAUCUUCCGUCUAUCAGCAAAUAAAUCACUUCAACUGUCCCUCCCACUCCGUUGGCAACAUCUCCAUCCUGGCCUCCUCCAGUGCCACAACGACGCCACCCGGAAAUGGAGGAACAGCACCUUCCAUUCCGCCUUGGGAGCCUACAACCCAAUCGUCUCAACGUGGACUUUUCUAGCUUCAAAAUAUCUCCACCCCUGGUUUCAUCCCAAGACCAGCCCCAUUUCCCUCUCAUCCUUGCCCCUUUGACCUGUCCCACCUGUUCCGUUCCUCCCACCUCACUGACCAAUCCCCACCACUGCCUAACUGCACUCACCUAUCACCAUCCCAGCUCCAUCCCCAUCCUCCCUCUCUCUAUUUAUCACUGAGAUCCCUUCCUCCUCCCCCAUUUCUGAAGAAGGAUCCCGACCGGUAGCUUCAACUUUCCUGCUCCUCUAAUGCUGCCUCAUCUGCUGUGCUCCUCCAGCUCUACGCCGUGUUAUCUCAAACUCUAGCAUCAGCUGUCCUCACUAUUUCUCAUUGCAAAGUUGAGUUCGUUUAAUUUUGAGAAUCCUUGAGUGUAACAUUUCCGUCUACUGGAACGUGGCUCAAAUUAUCAAUAAUGAGGUUAUCUCGUUGGCUCCACUGCUUUUUUUGUUCACACCUUUGUUUAUGUACAGCUGAGGCACAUUGGAAACAUGCAAGAGAUAGCAGGAACUGCAGCUUGGCCUGCUGUGUUCGUCCAGCUCUACACCUUGUUAUCUUGGAAAUAGCAUCAGUUUG